GCGUGUUUGUGUUUGUAGAUGAUCUUGUUUCCAGAUGUGUUCUGGUAAAGUGUUUCUUUAGAAGUGUUUUAUGAGAAUAUUAGCUCAUCUGUAUGUAAAGCGCAAGUUCUUGGAUCUGUAUCUUUGUUUGCUGCUGAUGUUCUCUGUGAACGCGAUCGUCGGUCGGUUUGAUUUGAUCAAAAAGUUCAAAGCAACAGAUCGACGGACCGCGGCGCUGAAAACUGAAACGAGGAUUCUGAACGGGUUUGCGUUCUGAUGGAGUAUUAUACACAUUCAUCAAAGAGAAAGUUUUUGCAGCUGUGUGAAGGCAACGGAACUGGAAAAUCAGCCGGAGACCGAUGAACAGAAGCGAGGCUGAUUCCUCAUUCCGCGUCCCGUUAUAUUCUGUUCCGGUCUGAAGAGCCUGUUUUUCGGUCAUGUGUUCACUGAAAGCUCUUCAGGACUGGUGUCGAGAUGUUUGUGAAGGUUACUCUGAUGUUCUGGUCACAGACAUGCGCUCUUCAUUCACAGAUGGACUGGCUUUCUGUGCGAUCAUCCACAGACACAGACCCGAUCUACUAGAUUUUCACUCACUGUCCAAACACAAUGUCUACAAGAACAUGCGUCUGGCGUUUGACGUUGCGGAGCGUGAGCUGGGAAUUCCUGCUCUUUUAGAUCCGGAUGAGCUGGUGUCUGUGGAGGAGCCGGAUCAUCUGUCCAUCAUCACUUACGUCUCUCAGCUCUACUGUUUCUUCAGAGGAAACUCUCACGUCAGUCAGAAGAUUCCAGUGAACAAUGAAUCCAGCAGCACCAAAACACAAGACCAGACACACACUCGGUUCUCAUCAGAUGUGAUCAGGUCUUCAGAUAAGCGAGUCUGUAGUGUCUGUCACACAUGUGUUCAUCUCAUUCAGAGGGUUUUGGUGAAGGGACGCCUGUAUCACCGCUCCUGCUUCAGAUGCAGUCGCUGUCGUCGCGCUCUGCUGCCGAUCUCUUUCACAGUGGACAGUGAGACGGGUUCACUGCAGUGCAGUUAUCCCUGCAGACCUGCUUCUGAACACGACCGGACCGCAGAUCACUCACAGAACGACACCAGUCAGACGGAUGGAGACAGGAGAGAGACCGAUGGAGACGUGGUGAAUGAUGGACGUCUCUCCACCUCAUCAGAGACUGAUCUACAAGAACCUCCCAAACCUGCUCCCAGAAAGAGGGCGGAGCCUCAGGAACCUCCUCGCCCCGCCCCCAGAUCACCAGAUCAUCGCCCUGAAAACGUCUCGUCUCAGAGCGCCGUUCGUAAGGAACAUCCCUGGAUGAAGCUGGUUGAUCCGGGUCCCUGGUAUCGUCUUCCUCCGGCUCCGGGUCCAUCCGUUCAUUCACACCGCCGGCCCUCAACCUUUAACCCCUUCCUGGAGGAAGAUAAGGACGAGUCCAAUGAUGAAGAGGUGUGUGUGUGUGUGUGUGUUUCAGAGAAUCUUCUAGUCGACUGGUUCCUUCUGAUUCAUGAGAAGAGCAUGUUGGUGCGCAGAGACACAGAGCUGGUGUAUAUGGUGAAGCAGCAGCGUCUGGAGGAUCAACAGGUUGAUGUGGACUCUGAGAUCAGACGCCUCUUCAACAAGCCAGAGCAGGACUGGAGCUCAGACGACAGACGACAGGAGCAUCAGCUGAUGUCACGCCUGCUGUCAAUCAUCCAGCAGAGGAAUGACAUCAUCAGCAGCCUGGAUCAGGACAGGAAGAGGGAGGAGGAGGAGGACGAGAUGCUGACGGCUGUGAUCCAGAGGAUGGAGCUCCUGACACAGACGGACAAACAGCCGGACAAAUGCAGCAGGUUUAAACCUCUUCAGAUGUUCAAGAAAUCCAGCCGUAAGACUGAAAACACCAGCAGAAGAAAGAAGAAAAACAGCUGAAGAACAGAAAGAGACUUAAGAUGCUUAUUCAGAAAUGUACAGUAACGGUAAAAACACCCUUCAGGACAAACUGAACUGUUUCUACCCCUUUUGUUUAUUUUUACACUUAUAUAUCUGUAUUUUAUAUUAUUUGUAUAAUUAUUAUUAUA